AUGCAGAACCAUGGAGCGGCCACUCGCCCUCCUCGAGACCCCACCACCGGCCGUUACCUGACGCCGGGCAAGCUGGCCCUCCUCGCCCUCAUCUCUCUCUACACCGAAAACCGAAUUCCAUCUCCUUCCAUCAUCCCUGUCCUCACAUUUGUCCUGCAGCACCUUAUCGCCAACCGUGGCCAGCUGUCUACCCAGAAUUCCCCCCCUCCGGCCGCUAUAAGUCUCGAAGCUCUCCAGAAGCUAACAGUUCAAGAACAAUCUGCCAUCACCGGCCGUACUAUCUACGAUCUCCUUCUCAGGAAACUCUGGGAACUAAACUCCUACGAUGCUCUACACGACUUUGUUGUCAACCUGGAAUCCUACCUCGCAGACCCCAAACAAGCCGAAAAGACCUAUAUCCGAAGCGAUGGCGACCGUAGCUUCUUCACCCGGAACAGCGUUAUUGGUGCUUUUAUCCGUCGUGCAACGCUCGAGUUCUCACGUAUGCCCUUCGCCGAAGCAAUCCAGCUAUGGCAGGGCUUCAUAGCCUACCGCGAACCUACUUUACCCCAAUGGAAGAAACGAAACUUAAGUCUGGCCCACUCGACCGGUCAGAUUAACACAGUGGAUACCUACAAUGAUAAAUUCCUUGCCGGUUUACCCAUCGACCACCCACUCGUCCGCCACCUGUACGGAAUCGUGGACGACAUGAAGGUUCAAGGCGAAAAGGCGCACGGUAUGGUUUCUGUCGACGACGUUGAAAAACUUCUCGAAUUCCAGGUAGACUGCAUGCAACGCCUAGGCACCCGAGUCCCCGAAGGGAUGCAAAACCAACUAAAGGCGAUCCUGGACAGUAGAGCGUCCAAGCCAAACCUUCAGUACUAUGUCGAAUUUCUAAAUGCCUGGAGGUCAGGCGAUUACCAGGGUUCUUUUGAAUGUUUACAUCAAUACUUCGAUUACACAAUGCAUACCCGCGACCGAACCUUUUACCAAUAUGCCCUUCUGAAUCUAGCUAUACUGCAGGCAGAUUUUGGGUGUAACAGAGAAUCGAUAUUAGCCAUGCAGGAAACCGUAAAUACUGCGCGCGAGAAUAAAGACGUCGCUUGUUUGAAUUUUGCACUAUCAUGGCUGUAUCAUUUCCACAAAGCACAUCCGCAGGAUUGUCCGGAUGUCAUUUCUGCAAGAAUGGAGCGAGAGUCACUUAGCUUUUUGAAAGUGAAGGCGAAGGAAAGUGGUAUGCACCAUUUGCAGUCUAUGGCGCAUCUUUCGGAAGCAAAACAGGCACUCGCAGGUGCUGAGUCACUGGGAUUUGCGUUUGAAAGCCUUUUGAGGAGUUCGCAUUUGAACGUAUCAAAGGGCAUUCAAAACGCUUUUGGAUCACAGAUGGUAUUACAAGCAGCAGUCUGGAGUCGACUAGGCAUUAAUUAUGCUGCCAUGCUCGGAUGUGAAUUGUUUGUGGCCAAAUACCGGAAGAAUUCGCCGGUGGAGGAUCUAGUGAAAGCCCAGUGCCGAACAGCUUUCUUGAUCGCACAGAAGGGGAGAUUCGAGGAGGCAUUGGAAAGGCUGGAGAAUAUCGAUGUGGAGAGUUUAAGGACAUUGAAGUAUUAUCAAUAUUGGGCUACCUAUGGGGGGUUGAUCCGAUUGAGAAGGGAGUUAUUCCGCGGCGAUUUUACAGCAGCAGAAUACAACCUCCAACAGCUCCUAUCAGCAUCAAGUACAGAGCCCGAUUGCAUUGCUGAGAUCCAGCUCUGUAAAAUCCAACUACACAUGGCCCGCCACAACUUCUCGGAAGCACUAGACCUCCUAAAUACCUAUGCCGAAGACAUGGAACGUGAUAAGGCCGACAUAGGACCCAGACUACGGGUUAUGCUAUACAAAGCCCAAGUGCUAGCAAAAUGCGGCAGAGCGGUUAAAGCGUUAAGUUUGACACUUAGAGCUGCUGCUAUAGCUUGGAGAGCUAAAAUUCUGGCCGUGCUAUACCUUGCCAAUGCUGUGUUGGCGAAUAUAUUGAUACAGAUGCACGAGUACGCUGUUGCUUAUGCUCUGCUAGACUCGAUUAUGCCGCAGAUAUUGGAGUGCGAGGAUGCACAGCUUAAUGGAACCUGCUUGAGCAUUCUGGCAGAUGCACAAGUGGGGAUGGCGGGGAGAGAAGCAAAUGAUAAGAAGAAACGGGCGGAAUUUCUGGGAAGAGGGUUGGAGAUGUUGGAUAAAUGUUUUGUGGAGUAUGGGAAGCUAGGGGAUAAGGGGAUGCAAGCUGAAGUCAUGAAUAAGAAGGCGAGAGUGCAUAAUAUACUAGAGAAUAAAGAGCUGAGGAAUGAAGCAGCGGCGACUUGUAUUCAGCUGAAGAAAGGUGGUUGA